AUGAGCCAGCUCCCUGCCCCGGCCAGCCGGCUGUGGGAGGCGAGCAUCCGCAAGCUCCAGACCAUCCGCCGCGCGGCGACGACCGCGGGGCCGGUCCCCGACGGCGCCGAUGGCGCGGUCGCCGCCGCCCUCACGAUGCCCAGCCUCCUCCACGUCAGCUCCUCCGCGUCCAGCACCAUCUACCAGUACCACCACGAGGAUGGCGAGGACAGCGACACCAGCACCGACGGCGGCAACGACUCGGACGGCGCCGACGAGGAGGAGGACGCCGCGGAGCUCGGCGAGCCCACGCAAGCGGAGCAGCUGCUGCCCAGCGGGGACUUCUACCAGGGCGACCUGCGCGGGGACCUCCCGCACGGCGCGGGCAAGUUCCUCUGGACCGACGGCAGCAUGUACGAGGGAGCCUGGCGCCGCGGCCGCGCGUCGGGGCGCGGCAAGUUCUCCUGGACCUCCGGCGCCACCUACGAGGGCGACUUCGCCGGCGGGUACAUGCACGGCCAGGGCACCUACAUCGGCGAGUUCGGGGACACCUUCGCGGGGCUCUGGGCCAACAACCUCCGCCACGGCCGGGGCACGCAGGCGUACGCCAACGGGGACGUCUACGACGGCCACUGGCGCGACGGCCUGCAGGACGGCCACGGCCGCUACAUCUGGCGCCACGGCCACGAGUACAUCGGCACCUGGAGGGCCGGCGACAUGCACGGCUGUGGGACAGUUAUCUGGGCCGACGGCGACCGCUACGACGGCGCGUGGGAGGACACCAGGCCCAAGGGCCAGGGCACCUUCCGGUGGGCUGACGGCGGGAUGUACAUCGGCACCUGGUGCGAGGAGGCCGGCGCCGUGCACGCCGACGGCGUCUACUACCCGCCGUCCGGUGGCCCCGCCGUGCCCGUGCCCCGCGAGCCCUGCGACCCCAUCACGGCGCUGCUCCAGGAGCUGGAGGUGUGCGAGGGUAAGACGGCGUCGCUGAUGCCGUCGCAGAAGGUCCUGACAUGGCCAGGGGUGGAGGCCGUGCAGAAGAAGCCGGUGUGGCGGCCGCCCAAGGUGAGCCCUGACCAAGGAAGGAGGUCCAGCGUGAGCAGGAGGAGCAGCGCGUCGCUGGACCUGGACAUCCUGCAGGGCGCCGCCGAGGGUGGCGACAGCGAGGAGGCGCGCGCGGACAGGUCGUGCCUGCGGACGUCGUCGUGCAUGCGCACGCCGCCGAGGCCGGGGAAGAAGCAGGGGGAGACCAUCUCCAAGGGGCACAGGAACUACGAGCUCAUGCUCAACCUGCAAGCUUGGCAUCAGUCAGCGCCAACUACGCUGGAUCUCAAGUCAUCAGCAUUUGAUCCAAAAGAGAAGGUCUGGACAAGAUUUCCUCCUGAAGGAUCAAAGCAUACUCCUCCUCAUCAAUCAUGUGAUUUUCGGUGGAAAGACUACUGUCCCCUGGUUUUCAGGACUUUGCGCAAGCUCUUCGACGUUGAUCCGGCAGACUACAUGAUCUCCAUUUGUGGGGAUGAGGCACUCAGGGAACUUUCAUCGCCUGGUAAAAGUGGAAGCUUCUUUUACCUCACAAAUGAUGACAAGUACAUGAUCAAAACAAUGAAGAAGUCAGAAGUUAAAGUACUCCUUAGGAUGCUUCCAGCCUAUUAUAAACACGUCCGUUCUUUUGAAAAUACUCUAAUAACUAAAUUCUUUGGUCUACACUGUGUGAACGUUAAACUUACAGGAGCUAUCCAGAAAAAGGUCCGGUUUGUUAUAAUGGGGAAUCUUUUCUGCUCCAGCUAUGCAAUCCAUAGGCGCUUCGAUUUGAAAGGAUCUUCACAUGGUCGCAUGACAGACAAACCCAUCGAUCAAAUUAGCGAGCACACCACAUUGAAGGAUCUUGAUCUUAAUUUCAUUUUCCGGCUACCAGGAACUUGGUUUGAGGAAUUCUGCAGGCAAGUGGACAAAGAUUGUGAAUUACUGGAGAUGGAGAGGAUCAUGGAUUAUAGUCUUUUGGUUGGUAUUCACUUCAAGGACAGAUGCAAAGAUAAGUUAAACGACAGCAGCAAUGGUGACAACGGGACGUCUCAUACUGCUGAAGAUUCUGAGGAAAAUAGAAAAGGAUCAUUAAAACUGGGAAUCUGCAUGCCCUCAAGGGUGGAGAACGUAGUGAAGAAUCCUGAGAGUGAAUCUCCGCUCAUCGGUGAGCCCACAGGCGAAUUCCAGGAUGUCAUCUUGUUCUUUGGAAUCAUUGACAUCCUGCAGGACUAUGAUAUUAGUAAGAAGCUGGAGCACGCUUACAAAUCUAUGCAAUAUGAUCCCAACUCUAUAUCAGCUGUUGACCCGAAGCAAUACUGCAAGCGAUUCAGGGACUUCAUUUUUAAGGCUUUCGCCGACGAUGUACAAUAA